AGGUCUUGUAGUACGUUCCCGUGUAACUUGCGGAUUUCAUUAUUCCUGUUAUCUCACAAAGGAAUUCGAACAAACCGCAGGCACGAUGCUAACUAAACCGGCGCUACUAAAAGCUGUAAUUGGGAUUAUGUUUUUGCAAGAUUGUGCGGAGUGUGUGUUGUCACAGUGUCAAUCUGGCAAGAGGAACCGGCAGCAUCACAAAAACAGUGGGAACAUCUAUUUGGAAUAUAAGACUGGGGUGAUCAACGUUCCCGUGAAAAUGCACGAGAGCAGAGAGGAACCGUUGCCAGUAUCGAUUAGUGACACAGUACCACAAGUCAGUAUGCGAUUGCCGUUUGAGGUGGAUCCAGUGGCAGGUAUUAAUGUUCAAUGCAAAUCAAAAGAAUUUCGUACCCAAUUAAGAGAAGUAAGGAGGAAAAUAAAAUGCACCCCAAGACCGAUGAUUGUGGAUGUGGUUUCGACUGAAGGAAAGGUAAUACCAAACAAAAUUCUCACAAAGCAGUGUACAGGGUGGUGCAGUGGAAAGAAGGUGUGCAUAUCAGAUGCAACAAUCAAUAUUUCCCUAUCAGUUCAGGUGAUUUUGGACAACAGAAGGAUAAAGUGCGCUAGGAUUUUAGUACGCGAAGAUAAAAAGUGUAGAUGCGGUUGCGAGGAACCUAAAAAACCGUGCACGUCCGUUCAGAUUUUCGACGACAGGAAUUGCAAGUGCGUAUGUGCAAACAACAAAGAAUAUACUCACUGUCUACGAAAAAUCAACAUGACGAAGUUGCACAAAUGGAACUUUGACACAUGCUUGUGCGAGUGUUCGUCCGAAUUGCCCUGCACCACCGGCACGCUCUGGGAUAAAACGCACUGCAGGUGCGUGCGAGAAAAAGAAGUUUAGCGGAAAUCUUUAGGUAUAUUUUAUAUAGGUCAACAUGGCUUAUUUUGCAUUUAUUGCAAUUUAAAGCGAGUCCACUGGAAAUAAAAAGUAAUACUAAC